UAGAUUGGCUAGUGUAGGUUGUAGUAUAAAAUUCUACUAAUAACAAUGAAGAAGUUAUCGAAAUAUGAUUUUUCUAAAUGAGAACAAUACAUUUAAUGACCAAUCUGGCAUGGCUGCUGGAAUUUUACAAUUUACUUGUGUGGCACACUAAUUUUGAUGUGUUUUUACCGCAAAGCAUAAUAAAAAAUCUAUAUAUUACAAGUAUAUACACGGAAACUUUGCAUUUUAUGUGAAAAUACACCACACCUGCGUUGGAACUUAGCGGAUAUCGUCAAUCACGUUCGAGAUCAGCCCUGAUUAUUGCUUGUGCAGCUCUCUGAACAUUUCAAUCACGUGCCUUAAACAAGAAAGAGACGCAUAUACAACAUAUCAAGAGUUGAAGAGAGACAGUUAUAUUUGUCUCGAGUUCUUCUACUAGUGCUUUAAUGGAAAUAUUAGGAAUCAUUGUCCCUGAGUCGGUAAUGAAGAUACGCGCCGCCAUAUUGAAGAUUUACUGAGAUUAGGAUAUUGUUAUUGCGGUGUACGGCCAGUGAUUGUUAAUGGAGCCGUAGUACCACGCCGACGCUGCCGAAGGCCGCACACCAAGCAAAGCAGAAUCGACAAUAUCGGUUCACUGGCCAACAACUGUACCCCAUGGAGACCAUCCUCAGCUGCCAACGAACGUAUUUGAUCGGCAAUCGUUUCACGAACAAGAUAUUCCCCGGUCUGGUCCCGCACAUACAGUACCAUCUCUGUCGCUCCAACGCAAACAUGCUACUGAAGAUAGAGAACGAACUACUGCAAAGCCACCGUCAGCGAGAGACCACCGGAAUCAAAAAGUUAUACAAUUCGUUCUUCGUUCUGUUUUAACCGACUCGUUCGCAUAACAACCAUUUCAUUCAUCAUUCAUCAAUCAUUCAGUGACUUUUGUGUUGUGCGGGCGGCAUGGCCCGAGUGUGAUGGAAUAUCAUCAUAGCGAGGAAAGAGACUAUUUUAUUAUGCAUGAGGGUAGAAAGGAGGAUUUCGCUUGGGAAUCGACAGUGAGGCUCAUGGUCGGAAGGGAAGAAGACUUCGGAAUGUAUUUGGAGGAGCGCGAGGGCAGGAAGCGGAAGUGGCAGGGGGAGAAGAUGAUGCGCCGCGAGAGCAGCGAGGAGAAGGAGCAGAGGAAGAUGCCGCCCAAGAAGAUUAUGGCAGCGCUCAGCGACAUGGGCGGCAGCGGCACCAGUUCGUCGUCAUCGCACAUGUCGCCGGGCUGGCAGGUCAACGAUCUUGACCUCGACCUGCCCGGCGAACUAUCCAUGAACGAGGCGCUGCUGUCGCUGCCGUCGCUGGUGGGGUUCAAGCAGGAGGCGCCGUCGCCGACGGGCGCCGUGCUGUCGCCGCCGCGCCGCGCCUGGCCGCAGCCGCGCAGGCUGGACGACAGACAGAUCACCAACAUGGUGGUGGACGGCGGCAAUCGCGACGGCAUGGACGACGGCUGCCAGCAGUCGCCCACGCACAACGGCGCCAUGAUGACGCAGCACGCAGGCAGUCCAGAGAGUAUGCAGUGCCAGGCCAACAUGCAGUCAGGAACGAUGCCUAUGAACGGGUACCACUCGCCAAACGCUCAGGAGAAUAAAGGUGCUGGUUUGCUGAUGUGCUCCCCUGUGGGUUCGCUGGACGGGUUCCUGCACUCGCCCAUACAACAGCGCAACGAACCUAGCUUCAAAGAUGACACCAGAUUCCAGUACGUGCUGGCGGCGGCGACGUCGAUCGCGACCAAGCAGAACGAGGAGACGCUCACGUACCUCAACCAGGGCCAGCCCUACGAGAUCAAGCUCAAGAAGCUCGGAGAUCUCUCGCACUAUAAGGGCAAGAUCCUCAAGAGCGUGAUCAAGAUAUGUUUCCACGAGCGGCGCCUGCAGUACAUGGAGCGCGAACAGAUCGCGCAGUGGCACAACGAGCGGCCCGGCGAGAGGAUCGUAGAGGUGGACGUGCCUCUAUCGUAUGGCGUGACGCGCGUGGAGCAGCCCGCCGCGCUCAACACGCUGCACGUGUACUGGGACGCCACCAAGGACGUCGGCGUCUACAUCAAGGUGAACUGCAUAUCGACGGAGUUCACGGCGAAGAAGCACGGCGGGGAGAAGGGCGUCCCGUUCCGCAUCCAGGUGGAGACGGCGCUCGCCAGCGACGAACACAACCGCCUGCACGCCGCCGCUUGCCAGAUCAAGGUGUUCAAACUGAAAGGCGCUGACAGGAAACACAAACAAGAUCGCGAGAAGGUGAUGCGGCGGCCGCGCGCCGACCUCGAGAAGUACCAGCCAGGGUGCGAAGCCACCGUCCUGACAACUUUGUCGAACGACGCUCUGAUGCCGCCGCCAUCGCUGGUCACCACGUCGCCGCCGUACUCGCCUGAGUUGUGCGUGGCCCCGAAGAGCGCUACAAGUCCGAUCGCGAACAAGCAGGUGAUUACGACACCAGCGAUCCUCGCGUCCCCCAACCAGAUGAAGCCGGUGUACUGCCAGGAUGGCAGCGACAUGAAAGUGAACUCGCCGCCGUGCCACUCGCCCGGCGCGAUCCUGCCCGACCUGCCCCAGCCGACUGAAGAUCCCGACAAGGGUUUCGGCCUGUCCAAGGAGGCUUCCUCUGCCGAGACGCAGGUGUGGCUCUCUCGCCACAGGUUCUCACAGCACGCCGCCACUUUUGGCAACUUCUCUGGCGCCGACUUGUUACGCCUGUCGCGAGACGACCUCAUCCAGAUAUGCGGGCUGGCCGACGGCAUUCGUCUCUUCAACGCGCUGCACGCCAAACGCAUCGAGCCGCGGCUGACGGUGUACGUGUGCCCGGCCGGCUCCAGCAUCUACAGCGCGCUCUACCUGCACAGGUGUCGCGCGCACGAGCUGCGGGACAAGCUCAACGAGCUGCACGGACAGACCAAGCCAUGGUGUGCAUUCCAGGAGUGCGAGACUGUCCUGGUGUCGGGGCCGAACGGUGCGCGCGUGCGCCUCACGGACGAGCUGGUGCGCCACCUGCCCGACCACUCCACCUACCGGCUCGAGAGACUCGACGACAACGCGCUGCUGCUCUGCGCGACUAGCAACUAGACAACAUUCAAAAUGGCUCAGCCAUGGUCCGAGGCACGAAUUUUGAAUGCGGAGUUUAGGAUAAUUUCCAUGAGCAAGUGUUCAUGUUGCAAUAUGGUCAGGAGUAGUAGAGUUGAACAGGCUUAAAACGAAGAGCUGUGAUACUGAAAGUGUUGCGAUAUGAAUUUUGUGCGUAAUUUUGAACAGUGCAUUACGACAGGCAAUGCUAUUUUAUCCUAACUCCAGUUGAAAUCUAUUGUUCAAGAUUCGUGCCCGCAUCGAUAUAUUUGAAGGGUAGCGACUGUCAAACAAAUACAUAUAAUAUAUUGCACGACAUCAUAUAUGUAUUACUCUGCAGAAAUCACAUUGCCUCGAUUUUCGAAGGUAUCCCAUCAUUUAACCGUCAACUGAUCAAUGGCUGCCAUCAGUCAUUUAAGAGUGAUUUUAAUAGGCAUGAAACAAAGUCUAUUUUUAAUAAUUAUUGUUUCGACAGUACAACAAUACAUGAGUUAUACCUGUAGAGGUUGCCAUGUGUGCCAGGAAAUAAUAUAGCAACAUACAUAUUUGUAUGAUAAAAAGAUAUUCAAGAUGUGGUCUUCAUGGCCAGUACCAUCAAAUUUAUAACCAAACAUAUGAAUAAUGUAAAAACAAUGGUAUUUUGCCAGAUAUUGGAUAAGUUCCUAGUCCACUGCUAGCCAGGUAGGGCUUGGUGGACAAACUACUAAGGCCAUAGUAAAUUGUAAACUUUACUUAUGCCCAAUACCAUGGACCAACGGCUUAACAUACUCCCAAAUAGUGGAGUGUGUGAAAUAGCAAUUUUUAUUUUAAGUAUUUCUUUACCAUGUUUACUGAUGUAGGCGAGGUUAAGUCAAUGAUAUUGAUUAAGCAUCCCUGAAUAAGCGUAAGGAGUGUUAAGCAAAGGGGCCACAUACUAACAUUCAUCUCAUCAAAUUACUAAUAACAAGUGCAAUUAUGAAGUGUACAUUCAUUUGCACCUAUAUAGAGUAAGGUUGAGAUAUAUUUUUAAUAUAAGGUGUUACCAAAUGCGCAAUAAUGCUUUGGGAUUUGUUUAAUUAUAGUUAAUGUUGAUGUGUGGUUGAUAUCCACUCGAUGUUGUGAUUUUGUAAUUGAUGCCCUAAGAGCUAAUAAAUAAAUAACAUAGUUGCAGGGACAACUGGAUACUACAUUAUACUGUGAAAAGAAGAAACAGUUUACACUGAGUUGUAACAAAUUAUUAAAUCGGAUUUUGAUUUCAAUUAAUUCUGAGAAAUAGAUAAUUUUGUAUUUAUUCAAUGAAUUUAAGUAAUUAAAAACGAAAUAUGACUCCGUUAUAUAAACAAUAUAAAAGCUAUUUGUAUUGUUAUAGGGAAAUUAUGUACAUGUUAAAGUAUGGUUAAAUUGUUUUAUUUGUACAACAUGACGGAUGGAUAAGAAAAAGUAUUUAUAUUGUUGUUUUAAUAUUUGUAAUAGAAAACUAUAUUUUUGUAACCAAAGUCAAUCCAAGUGCCUACAAUUCUUGAUUUGUCAAUUUGAUUAAACGAGUGAAUGUCGGGCAGCUGUUUAGGGAUAAAUGCAAUUAUUGUUAGCUUUAAAAUAUUGUUAUUUUAAUUGGUAAUUGUUAUUGUACUGCGAGGCGUAAAUUCUUUCACUAAGAUGUUGGUUAUUUUGGCCUAGUGGCGAUUAGAAAUAUUUUUGUCUAAUAUAGACAUAUUUAGGCCAAUAUGACCUCGAAUGCGCCGACGACGCGUUGCGUUAUAUAUUGUUUUAAUUAAGAUUAAAAUAUUUUUCAUAAGGCACUGUGGCCUGGAGCCAGCGACGGGAUUUGUAUGUUCAUGGAUGGUUCAUAGAGGGUCAAGGAAGGACGUGAUAUCGUCAUUGUAGUCGUAGGUUUGUUGUAUUUGCAAUAUUUGUUGUCACGUCAUUGUUUCAACAAUAUCGUGAUAGAAAGUUGGACAGCACUAUGAAUAUUGGUGUGGCUACUUUUUAUCCCGAUGCGAAUGCAACGAACAUUAAUCGGCAAAUUACGUCCUAGUGCAUGAGUCGCGAGUACGACGCAUCAUUUUGAGGUUUUAAUAAAUUCUCCCCCACUUCUAAAGGUGUUAGUAUACUCGGGGAACACUUCCCUUGAGGCUCGAAACCCCAGAUGCCUUAACAAGUGCCUCAAACUGAGAGGAGAGCGCGCGUUGCGUAACGGAGUAUUAAUGAGAAUAAGAUUAUAUUAAAUGUUAGUUUACGUUGCAUGUGCUAGGCUAGCGUAUGUAUCGCUUGUAGUUAAUAAAUGUAUAUAAAUUUA